AUUUCAACCAUGAAUCAUUCAAACUCUAUUCGCUUUGAAGUCUAUCUUGAAGCACCUACUGCUGCAUCACAAAAGGUUGAUGAACCACCAUUGACUUAUUUAAACAAAGGUACAAAGAAACUAGACCAAAAAAAUGUUGCUAAUCUAUAUCUUAGGUCAAUACUAUAACAUUAUCCUUAAAGAUGACAAGGGAUAUGAUGGUGAUAUCAUAAGUACAGUAUCUAUCACAUUCCAUGACGAGAGUCAUCGUGUUAGUGCUACUGACUAUUGGAAGUUCUGGCUAACACAGCAAAAAGAUUCUGAAGAAGCAAGAGCAAUUGAGUUGGAUUUGACAAGAUCAAGUGGUGCUCAAGCCGUUGAAGGAAGAAUGUUUGACCGUGUCUCAUUUAAAUGGAAUGGCAGAAUGGGUGCUUCUGUUCAUGUUCGAUUCAAUUGUCUUUCUACUGACUUUUCAAGAAUCAAAGGUGUCAAAGGUAUUCCUCUUCGUCUUCAGAUCAAAAGCGAACAACCACCUUCAGAUCAAGAUAUUCGCUUUUCUCAAUUCUUUGUCGAAAAGACCUAUUGUCGCAUCAAAUUGUUUCGUGACAAGGGAGCUGAAAGGAAAAACAAAGAUGAUGCCAAACAUAUUGAACGUCAACUAGAAAAACUCCGUGGAAAGAACGGUGAACCUCAUCCACUUUGGCUAGCUUACUCGCCUACUUUACCUAUCACUCUUUUCAAAGAAAUUGUACCUCCUGAAGAAGAUGAUAUUCAACCUUCUUAUCAUUCGGUACUUGACAAUCGAAGUCUAUUACAACAACAACAGCAACAAAGUCAUAUGGUUUCUCCUUCUUCCUCAGCGCUUCUCUUACCACCUCCCCCUCUUCCCUCAAUAGGUGCUCCUAAUAUGAAGCGUUCUUAUAGUAGCUUCUCUGCAAGUCAAGCUGAAUAUCCAAAUUAUCAACCAAGUUUUAGUAAUUUAGCAUUAGAUAUUGAUCCAUCUUAUGUACCUCAAAGAAGGCGACGUAUUGCAAAACUGAGCCUUUUAGUCAAAUUUGAAUCCUCUGAAGUCUAUCGUGCUGUUUAUCUAGAACACUUGACGCUAAAAGAGUUUACAGACAAGAUUAAACAACGUAUGGAAAUACAAAAACCCAUUUCCAACGUAUAUCGAAAAACCAUGGCCAAAGAUAAGAAGCCUAUUAUUGUUAAAGUAGACGAUGAAGUCAUUCAAGAUUUAAAAGAAGAACAAGACAUUCAUAUUGAAACUGAAGACAACCCAGAGAAAGAAGGCACUGUUAAUUUGAUCCUUAACUUUUAAAUGUAAAUAUGUAAACUUGUGGUCUUGUUUCUGUAUAUCUUUUUAUUCCUUAAACACAUAUAUAUAUAUAUUCAUUUUUUUUUUUUUUUUU